AUGACGCCCCGUCGCUCUUCGAGAGCCCGCACCACCCAGCCUUCUCCUGCCCUCCUCCAACACACCAACACGAACUCCUCUGCCAGCUCCUCCAACUCGACCACACGCGAGAGGAACACUCGCUCGAAUCACAAAAAUCCUUCUCCUCGAGAUUCCACCGGUGCUCGCUCCCAGUCCAUCGACGAUACCGAAAACGGCUCGAGGGUCGACCUCCCACACACGCGCCAGCGCCAGCGUGCCCGCGAUGACGAUGAGGAAGAAGAAGAUCCCCCUCGUCCCCUGGAAGAUGACGAAAUGGAUGAGGAUGAAGAGGAGGAAAUAACUCGGUUCAAGCCGGAGGGCGAACAUCCUCCUCCUGAUUCAUCUGACUUGCUUUCCGAUGAAAUCGGUAGCAUGUUCAUCCAAUGCGACUCGUGCAAAGUCUGGCAGCACGGUGGCUGUGUGGGAAUUAUGGAUGAGGAAACAAGCCCUGACGAAUAUUUCUGUGAAGAGUGUCGAAAGGACUUGCACACUAUUCGCGGCGAACCGAAUGGCCAGCGCUCGUCCACCUACCUCCCCGUCAAUCCGAAAUCAUCACCCGCGCCAUCCGUGCCCUCCUCUCGACCCUCCCGAGCCUCUUCCCACGAGAGCUCAUCCCGACGUUCCAGAGACCCGAAAUCUCGCCUGAGUGAAAGCGAAAAUGUCAAGCGACGGUCGACCAUGAACAGCCGUGAUGCCGCUUACGAUGAAGAAGAGCUAAUCCGACGAGCGAUCGAAGAAAGCAAAGAAGAUACCAAAAGCCUUCCCGACGACACAUCCAGCCGACGGGGAAAGAGGAGUCGUAGUGAGAGCGAAGCACAUAGAGAAGGCACCAAACGCCCGCGAACCGGCUCUCCGUCUCCUGCUGCUCCUAUCUCGAAGGAAAACAACCCUGUGUCUCAACCUCCAUCUGAUGAUGAGUCCAAAGCGAAGCCGGCAAUGAACGGCACCCGGAGGCAAAGGGCCGCAUCUCGGGGCCAGCGUGAUAAGGUGCCUCCCAAAGAACCAGAGGAGCCUGAGGUGGAAGCUCCUGAAGCUGUCAAUGGUCAUAAGGAGAAGGUAGUAGACCGACGCAAAGGAGAUGAAUCCGAACCUGAGAUUGGAUCUCCCGUAAAAACUGUGCCGAGCGAGCCUGAACCAGCGCAAGCAAGCCCGAAUACUCCUACUCAAGAACCCACACCAGCUCGCCCAUCAACACGCAAGUCAGGUCGUCCGCCUGCACGCCGCGGCCGAGUUGGACGCAAUCAAUACACCAAAGAUCGAGAUGUUAAUGGCAAUGGCACCGAGUCACCACGUCGCGGGCAAUCUCGUGAAAUCGGCGGAGAUUCUCCCAGAGUGGGAUACGGCAACAUAAACGGUGCGCAUGUCAAUGGGGGAGAUACCGGGCGACCCAGCAAGCCUCGGAGUAUGCACCCGCAGCGCACGACGAUGAUUGAAAUGAAGAGACGUGUGGCAGCCAUUCUUGAGUUUAUCUCUCGUAUGCAAGUGGAGAUGGCUGUUGCCAGCGAGAACUCCUCUACCCCAACGGGAAACGAGGAUCGUUCUCAAGGCCUGCUUUUAAAGAGCAUGGUCGAGCAGAUUGAUGCCGCCAUGGCAUCUACAAUCAGUGACGGCGGCGAGUCUGCCCCACCUACGACAGACGGUGACGGAGAUGCCCCAAUCCAUGAAAAAGACUUCAAAGACCUCAGCAGUGUGGAAAUGAUGGACGUGCUGACCCGUCACCUCCUCAAGUGGCAGCAGGAAUACGGGAAGUUUGGGGAACGGUAG